AUGGGGCCCCGCGCCGCCCGCGGUCCCGGCCCGCCCCCGCCGCUCCCCGGGCCCCGCGCGCCGCUGCUGCCGCCGCUGCUGCUGUUGCUGCUGCUGGGAGGCCGCGGGGGCCGCUCGGCGCCCGCGUCCCGCGCCGAGGACCUCAGCCUGGGAGCGGAGUGGCUGAGCAGGUUCGGCUACCUGCCUCCGCCCGACCGCACCACUGGGCAGCUGCAGACUCAAGAGGAGCUCUCCAGGGCCAUCACGGCCAUGCAGCAGUUUGGCGGCCUGGAAGCCACCGGCGUCCUGGACGAGGCCACCCUGGCACUCAUGAAGACCCCACGUUGCUCGCUCCCAGACCUGCCCACCGUGACCCCAGAUCGACAGAGGCGCCAAACACCAGCCCCAACCAAAUGGAACAAGAGAAAUCUGUCCUGGAGGGUCCGAACCUUCCCCCGGGACUCACCCCUGGGCCGGGACACCAUACGGGCACUCAUGUACUACGCUCUCAAAGUCUGGAGCGACAUCACACCGCUCAACUUCCACGAGGUGGCGGGCAGUGCUGCUGACAUCCAGAUUGAUUUCUCAAGGGCUGACCACAACGACGGAUACCCCUUUGAUGGGCCCGGUGGCACCGUGGCCCAUGCCUUCUUCCCUGGCGACCACCAUGCCGCUGGAGACACCCACUUUGAUGACGAUGAGGCCUGGACAUUCCGCUCGUCCGAUGCCCACGGGAUGGAUCUGUUUGCUGUGGCCGUCCACGAAUUUGGACACGCCAUCGGGUUGGGCCACGUGGCUGCCACACGCUCCAUCAUGCGGCCAUACUACCAGGGUCCAGUGGGUGACCCACUGCGCUACGGGCUCCCAUACGAGGACAGAGUACGCAUCUGGCAGCUCUAUGGUGUGCGGGAGUCGGUGUCCCCUACGGCACAGCCAGACAUCCCUGAGGCAGAGGGGCCACCCCCACUGCCAGAGCCCCUGGACAAUCGCUCCAGUGCUGUGCCCCGGAAGGACCUUCCUCACCGGUGCAGCACCCACUUUGAUGCAGUGGCCCAGAUCCGUGGCGAGGCAUUCUUCUUCAAAGGCAAGUACUUCUGGCGGCUGACCCGAGACCGCCACCUGGUGUCACUGCAGCCAGCACAGAUGCAUCGCUUCUGGAGGGGCCUGCCACUGCACCUGGACAGCGUGGACGCUGUCUACGAGCGCACCAGUGACCACAAGAUCGUCUUCUUCAAAGGAGACAGAUACUGGGUGUUUAAGGACAAUAACGUGGAGGAAGGCUACCCACGGCCCAUCUCUGACUUCAGCCUCCCGCCGGGCGGCGUCGAUGCCGCCUUCUCCUGGGCCCACAAUGACAGGACUUAUUUCUUUAAGGACCAGCGGUACUGGCGCUACGAUGACCACACACGGCGCAUGGACCCCGGCUACCCCGCCCAGAGUCCCCUGUGGAGGGGCGUCCCCAGCACGCUGGAUGACGCCAUGCGCUGGUCCGACGGUGCCUCCUACUUCUUCCGGGGCCUGGAGUACUGGAAAGUGCUAGAUGGCGAGCUGGAGGCGGCACCGGGGUACCCACAGUCCACAGCCCGGGAUUGGCUGGUCUGCGGAGAGCCCCAGGAUGAUGGCUCCGAGGCCGCAGGCGUGGACAGGGCGGCUGGGGCCCCCGCACAGCCUGGACAGCAUGGCCAGAGCCGCUCUGGGGAUGGCUACGAGGUGUGUUCCUGCACCUCCCACGCGCCACCCCUCCGGGGGGUUUCCAUGAUGACACUGCUGUUUCCCCUGCUGCUGCUGCUGCUGCUGCCGCCACCGCUGCCCUGCGUGCCCUGGACAGCAGCCGGGUCCUGA